AUGGAAGCACAGGUCGAAAAUGCUGUCGGAAUCCUGUCCAACCCCACGUCGGACCAGGCGGUCAAAGAGCAGGCCUUUGAGUAUCUCAACCAGCUGCGAUCCAAUCCGCAGGGCUGGCAAGCAUGCACGAAUCUCUUCGCUCGGACCCCGCGAUCCUCCGAAGUAGUCCGGAUGGUAUGCCUCGAGGUCGUCAAUUACGCCGUCCACACGCAGGGCCUCGAUGCUGAAAGCCUCUCCUACUUGAAGUACACUCUGCUCGAAUAUGUCCGCCACAGCUAUGGCCCUGAUGCCCGUCAGGAAGCGGACCCUGUGUCACUUCAAAACAAGCUCACCCAGACGUUGACGUACCUGUUUGUUUUCCUGUACCAGGACGGCUGGCAGAGCUUUCUCGACGAUUUCUGGGAGCUGACCGGUGUGUCAACCGGCCGGGACAGUAUAGGCGGUGUCCUGUUCUACCUCCGCAUACUAUCCUCGAUCCAUGACGAGAUCGCCGACAUGCUGCUGUCUCGACAGAGCAACGAUGCCAAGCGAAACACUGAACUCAAGGACCAGCUCCGAGUCCAAGACAUGCACAAGGUCGCGCAGUCGUGGAAACAACUCCUCUCCAAGUACAACGACAAUGACGUCGUUGUCGAGCUGGUGCUGAAGGUUGUUGGCAAAUGGGUCAGCUGGAUGGACAUCUCCCUUGUUGUCAGUCAAGACAUGAUCAGUCUCUUGCUCCCAGUCGUCGGCCGCACCAACUCUGGAGGUGAAGACAAGGUUCGAGACACGGCCAUCGACACCUUGACCGAGAUUUGCGGCAAGAAGAUGCGUUCGGCCGACAAGAUGGAGCUGAUUGCCUUCCUCAACCUCCAGGAGAUUGUAGGGCAACUCAUAGCCAGCGCCCCGCUGAGCGUUCUCAAGAACACUCCCGAGUACGACACUGAUCUUGCAGAGGCUGUAGCCAAGCUGGUCAACACGGUCAUGUCGGACAUUGUCAAGGCCCUGGAUGAUAAUCAGACGGGUGAGAAUGCCAGGGAGAGAGCCAAGCAGCACCUUCACGGCUUCCUCCCGUUCUUGCUCCGGCUCUUCGCCGACGAGUACGACGAAGUGUGUUCCACAGUCAUUCCGGCGCUUACGGACCUGCUUACUUUCCUGCGAAAGCUGUGCCAACUGUCGCAGGAUUACUCGGGCAUGCUGGCCCCUAUUCUUGAUGCAAUCAUUCGCAAAAUGCGAUAUGACGAGACGUCAAACUGGGGCAACGAGGACGAGCAAACUGAUGAAGCAGAAUUCCAGGAGCUGCGCAGGAAAUUGCAAAACCUGCAAAAGACGAUUGCCGCCAUUGAUCAAUCCUUGUACAUGGACAUGCUCAGCAAUCUCGUGUCAAACACGUUCCAGAGCUUGGAUCAACGGGGGUCAGCGAUGGACUGGAGAGACCUUGAUCUGGCACUGUACGAGAUGUAUUUAUUCGGAGAGCUGGCCUUGCCGAACCAUGGACUUGGCACCAAGAACCAGCCGUCCACUGAAGCCUCGGAGAGGCUCGUGGUUAUGAUGCAGAAGAUGGUUGGGUCUGGCAUCGCCAGCUUCUCCCAUCCCGCCAUUCUGCUCCAGUACAUGGAGAUUUGCGUCCGUUACUGCAUAGUGUUUGAAAGCCACCCGAACUACAUUCCGCAGGUGUUGGAGAACUUUGUGCGCUUGGUUCACCAUGAGCACGUCCGCAUCAAAACGAGAUCGUGGUACCUCUUUCACCGAUUCAUCAAGCAACUUCGUAGUCAGGUCGGCAACGUGGCGGAAACUGUGAUUCAAUCCAUUGGCGACCUCUUGCCCAUCAAGGCCGAAGUUCCUGGAGAGGACGCCGACGACGACAUGUCGUCGGACGAAUCAGACCACUCGGCUGACGCCUUGUUCACCAGCCAGCUGUACCUUUUCGAGGCCAUUGGGUGCAUUGCCUCGACGCAAAGCACCCCCGCUGAUAAGCAAGCCAUCUAUGCUCGAUCGGUCAUGGAUCCGCUCUUCCAGGACAUGGAGGUGCACCUUGCUCGGGCCAAGUCGGGGGAUGCUCAAGCAACGCUUCAGAUCCAUCACAUUGUCAUGGCCCUGGGGACCCUGGCGCACGGGUUUUCCGACUGGAGCCCCGGGUCGGCGGCGACCCAGCAUCACCCGCCUCCGGCCAAGGCGGUCUCGAACGAGUUCUCCCGGGCCGCCGAAGCGAUUCUCAUCGCGCUCAACCAGCUCAGCUCGUGCUCCGAAAUCCGCACGGCGUGUCGGUCAGCCUUCUCCAAGCUCCUUGGCGUGCUCGGCUCCGCGGUCCUUCCGCAGCUUCCCCAGUGGAUCGAAGGGCUGCUGUCGCAGAGCUCGUCCAAGGACGAGAUGGCCAUGUUCCUGCGUCUGCUGGAUCAGGUGGUGUUUGGGUUCAAGGCGGAAAUCUACGACGUGCUCAACGCCCUGCUCACGCCUCUGCUGCAGCGAAUCUUUGGCGGUCUUUCCGAGCCCAUAUCCGGCACGGACGACGAAAUACAGCUUGCGGAGCUCAGGCGGGAGUACCUGUCGUUCCUCCAGAUCAUCCUGAACAACGGGCUGGACGGCGUCUUGAUCAGCGAGGCCAACCAGGGCUUCUUCGAACCCAUGGUCUCGUCCAUAACCGAGCUGGCCAAGACGCUGGACGGCAACAUUGGCCCGAGCCGCCUGGCCUUCACGCUCAUGGCACGCAUUUCGGCCAUCUGGGGCGGGCCCGACGUCGCCACCAUCGCGCAGAACCCGACGGCGCCGAGGGGAAGCCCAACGCCGGCGAUCCCAGGGUUUGACCGGUUCAUGAUUGAUAGAUUCCACUCGGUCUGCUGGGAGGUGAUGCGCAACCCCAGCUUUUGCCCGGCGCAGGACGCGCAGACCAAGCAGGUGCUGACGGAGAUUGCGGGCCUGGAACAGACCAUCUACACCAAGACGGGAGAAGCCUUCAUCCAGGAGCUGCAGAACGGGCUGUUUCUCAGCACGGGGAUCAACGGUGACGAGUUUCUGCGAUGUUUGACGACAUGCACUGACAAGAAGGCCUUUUCGGCGUAUCUGCAGGCCCUGCUGAAGAGCAUGCAGUAG